ACAUUUCAUCAAUUCACGAACACCUGCCCAGAGAAGCUCCGCCGUUUUUACGCAUAAAAAGUUACUCAUGCAUAAGUUCAAACAAAACUGCCUUAAUUAUUAGUCACCCCACCUGUGCGGCAGAGCGUAUCUCCCCAAAACCGACGAAUCUAUUCACGAGUGUGCGCGAGCUGACAAUAUACCGGCGCCUGCGCAUCGCAUACAGUCUGCUAACAUCCAGUGUUAUAAUAUAAACAAAGCUAUGGUUGGUGCCGUGCUGUAGCCAGGAGUGUCGUGAGCGGGUCAGUGCGUGUGAACGUAUCAUGAAGUGCGUAAAAUACAGAAUGCCGAAAGUGUUGUUUGGCUGUUUUAACACCGUGUUCUUUGCGUGUGGCUUCUUGGAAGUGGUAUGCGGCUUCCUCCUCCUCUGCGACACUCGGCGGGUGCUGCUCAGCCAGCUCCUCGCCACGCCCGAGGGCGGCCUACCUCAGCCCCCCUUCUACUACCUGGCCCUGGCGCUGCUAGCCGCCGGGCUGACGAUCUGCGCCGUCGGGGCUCUAGGGUGCUGGGCUACGUAUAUGCCCGGGUAUUCUAUACUGACUGUUUACUUCCUGCUAGUCCUCACCCUGCUGACGGGCGAGUGCGCGGGCGGCGCGCUGGCGGCGGUGUGGCCGCGCUGCGUGGGGCUGCAGAACGCGCGCGGUGGCGCGGUCGGAGCGUUACAGGCGUACUACGGAGUGCCGGAUUAUGAGCAGUUUACUGCGGCUCUGGACCUGGCGCAGACUGAGCUAGAAUGUUGCGGCAUGACCGACGCGCGUAACUUCGACAUGUCGAUGUGGCAGCUGCGGCGGCUCGGCCCGCGCGGGCUCUCCGUCCCGCUCAGCUGCUGCGUGCAAGACAGAGAUAGCGGAUCCUACCUCAACCCGCUGCCCCUCAACCAGUCGCGCUGCCAGGACAUACAGCCGAACCCGACGUUUAGACAUGUUCAGGGAUGUUUGGGAAAAGUGGAAGACUGGUAUCAGGAGCAGUACAUGAUAUUCCUACUAGCGCUGUUCGUCGUCGCUCUUCUCAAGCUGGGGUUACUUCUAACAACCAUAUUCUCCUGCAUCCGACUCAAGAGGAAGCGGAAGGACAUCCACGCGUACAUCAUGAAAACCAUAGACAAUAAGACCAAUGAGAACAUCUACGAAAGCAAAAUGAGUUCGAUGCACGAGGAGCCAAUCACAGCCAAGUAUAUUCAGCCCAAUAACUACUACAGCCCGCGAGUUCGCAACCCUCGCAUUUUCUACAACAAACCCAAUGAAAUGGUAUGAGAUUUGGCGGCGGAGAUAAAUGCUUUGGAGAGGAAACUAGAGAAGUUCUCAGACUAUUUGUACAAGCACCAAGCUGACUCGAUCAUGUGGUAAUGGUAAAGAUAUUUGAGUAAUCAUCGCCAUAAAAGGUUCUCUAUUAAUGCUCAGUGUGCCAUAAG